ACCCGCUAACUAGCUAGCCAUUUCACAUCCGUUACACUUAGCAGGGGUGGAAAUGGAGAUAUGUCUGUUAACAGAAAGAGUGCAGAGUGGACCACCAUUGGAGAUCUGGGGGGCACAGGUUGUCUCAUCCCUCUUUAAGGCUUUAGAACACAUGGGCCGUGGUUUUGGGGUGCUCGAUUUGCGUUUCUGGGCUUUCAUGCUUCGAGGCCUGAAAGAACACAACAGUUUAACGUUACAGUUACAAGAGCGGGGGCUAACGUUAGCAGACAGUAAAAUGUACUUUGUCAUAGAAUAAGACAAUAGGAUUAAAUAUUUGCAGUUGUUACUAGCUAGACAAAAUAUAUAUAGCCGAGUAAAACAGUUAACGUAUGUGUCCCAUUCAAGCUACUAGCUAGCUGUUAUUAUCUAGUAGGCUGGUGGUGCCACUUUCUCGGUUGAAGUACAACAAGCACAACCAAGUCAACACAGCUAUAGAAAACGUUUCUUAUUAGCGAAAAUAAUCGUAAAAUACAAGUCACGCUAAUGACCCUGAAGUAGUUGUUUUUGUAGCUAGCUUGUGUUGUUGUUAUUAGCUUGCUGACAAACGACGUAUAUUUGUCAACAAGUAACCUUGUGUGUUUGUGUGUCUCAAAAAUGGACGCCCGACUUUUCUAGGUCGACAGUACAUUGACCUUCCAAAUUUAGUAACUUUAUUGGUGUCACUGACCCGCAAAUCUGCAUUUGGUGCCAUGAAAAGCUAGCGAGCUAAGUAAAUCUCAAAAUAAUUUACAGCGCCCUUUCCCGCGUGUCACAGAUAAAUCCAUCCCCAAUUAAUUUCCCCAUAGCAUUAGAGAUCCUACCUCCGGUACAGUGGGCCUGCUAUCAGCAGUGCAAGGGUAGACUAUUCCAUUCACGUUGAUACAGCAGCCUACAGUAACUGUUUGUGUUAUUAACCACACACACAAUCUUUCAAGUUGAUUAACCAGGUUGUUUUCUAACAGUUGUGGUUUUAAUGGAUGGAGGAAACAUUGACAAUUGCACGUACGCACACAGAUUAUUUAUUAUAUUAUUUGUCGUGGUUUUUGUAAAAAAAAACGAAACAAACAAACAAAAUAACACAAAAAAACUCUAUUUAUAUUAUUUAUUUGGAGGGAUCUGGAUAAUCUUGCACCUUGAUACCUGAAACAAAUCAUAUGACAGCAAAGCUGCGAGAUACUAGGAAUGGACGCUCCCAAAGACUAUUAUAUACGCACCUCCAUUAUGAUGCAUCGUUCCAGAAUAUGAAUAUUUGGAAAAGCACCAACACAGAAUAUGAAUAUGGAAUAAACAUAGCUACGGAUCAAACCUAAAAUAACUUUUAUCAACAAACUUUAAAUGAAAGCAAUUUCUACAUAUAAAUGCCUGAAAUGGAAACUAUAUCCAUAGCAUACAAGUCAGGGAACCCCAGGCUCCAAAGUGACAGAGGCCUAGAGGUCAAGUUUCUGGUGUCCAGGGGUAACAGCAAAGCAACACCUCCAUCAAAGGGAAAAGCCUCUCACAGGGCUACUGCUGACCUGUACCACCCCCCAAAGUCCCAAAAGGCUAAAGUCCUAUAUGAGUCCAUCGUGCUUGUUGACUCCAGCAACCGCAAUGAAAUCAGGAUGAUCCUGAGGAUGAUUGGCUUCCCCCUGACAGAGAAGCAGCUGAAUAACAUAAACAAACAAGAAAUUAAAUUAUUGCAAGAUAUCAAAAAGAAAGAAAUUAAAAGAAAGGAGCUGGAAAAGAAAUGUAGCCAGCUGCAGAGGCCUAAAUGGAUCCUCAAGCUUAUCAAGCUGCGACAGGGGACAAAACCCGUGCAUGGCAGCAGCGGACUGAAGACAACAGCCAGCCAGAGUGAAGGGGGCUCUGCCCGUACAUCAGAUAAGGCAACAAGCAACAAGGGGCAAAAGAGAACAGCCAGCCAGAUGAAAGGAGAAAGCAGCUGUACCCUAGAGGCAUCUAGAAGGGGACAGAAGAGAGCAGCCAGCCAGAUGGAACAAGUAGAACUCAACUCAUUCAUACGCUUCUUCAAUAUACCUCCCAGCCAAAAGAAGUUGAGAGUCAUUGAUAUUUACUCAUAUGUAUUUGCACCCAGCCACAUAGCCGAUCACACAUAUGCACGCAAGAAUAGUUCUUAACAUAAAGAUUGCAACAAUAUAAAGUUGGUAAAAUAAAA